UGCAACCUUCUUUUUUGUUUUUAACCCUUUGAUCGUUAAGCCGAGUAUCAGUUGAUUCCAAAUAGACUGCGAUCAUCAUAAGUUCCUUGUUUAGGGUAUCCUUGUUGGGGGAAUCUAAGUGUGUUUUGGCCCGUUCACUCCAUGUCUGAAUCAGGGUUGAAGAAGAUGGCGUUUGAGACCGACGCCAAUGCCGUUAGGUUUGGUCACGGUGGAGACACGACUUACACCAAGAUCUUUGUCGGGGGUUUGGCUUGGGAAACUAAAAGAGAUGCCUUGAAACGUUAUUUUGAGCAGUUCGGAGAGAUCAUUGAAGCUGUUGUUAUCAAUGAUAAAAUCACUGGAAAAUCUAAAGGCUAUGGCUUUGUAACGUAUAAGGAGGUUGAUUCGGCGAUCAGGGCUUGUUAUAAUCCGUUUCCUGUGAUUGAUGGAAGAAGAACAAACUGUAAUCUCGCAGCUUUUGGCGCUCACAAGAAUCGUUCCCACUCACACCAUGAUGUUACAGAGAUGGAGAAAUUCAGCCCUCCACCGGCUCAGGUGAUGGCCCCUUCAACGACCGGUACUCCUGCAUUUUACCGUCAACUCAUCCCGCAGUACGCAUUUCCUUACGGGUAUCCUGGUUACUCGCACAACAUGUACCCACUGAACUAUUACAGUGUAUAUGGAGGGCAACAGUUUCCAUCACAUUACACAACUGGGACAUCUGGAGUCUACCUGAGUUACUUCCCGAUGUAUCCUCCUCCCCAGUAUCCCAAGCACCGAGCAUUUGUGACCUUAACGCUUCCACCGCCACCCUCUCCGACACCGGUCACAGCCACCGGUACAACAGUUGAAGAAGUUACCGGAGCGGCCUCUGCACAAAGUUCAUCAAUGUAAGCCCAGUGACUGCAAAUUACUCUCUACAAGCCAAAAAAAAAAGAACAGAAAACAGAAGGGAAGGGAAGGGAUUUUACAUUUUAAUUUUUUUA